CGUGUAGAUGUCUUCAUCAUCCCCGCGCCUCGGCGGUCUGCUCCUGGCUCCACUGGGCUCCCUCCCCUCUCCUGCCCACUUCUCCACGCCGGGCUGCCUUGGCUAGCCUGCCCUGCGCACUUUGCCCCUUGCUGGCAGCGGAUAAAGGGGUCUGAGGAAAUAUUGGACACGGUCAUCCCAUCGUCUGCUUUACCCUUUAAAUUCCCAGCUCCCGAAGCUCUGCGCACAGCCAGGUCCAGUGUGCCAGGAGCUGAAGUUUACCAGCACUUCUCCACCGGUCGCCCGGCACCGGCGGACUCCGAAGUCCACGCUCAGUCUCAGCCUGGGAGAGUGAUCCCAGCAACCGAGAGCCACGAUGCCAGCCCACAUGCUACAGAAGAUCUCUGGCUCCUACACGACCACCACCACCAUCACGGAGCCUCCCUCUGGGGGCCCGCAGAAUGGAAAAGAGAAGCUGAAGAACAUGCCCCUCUAUCUGGAAGACAUACGUCCCGAAAUGAAAGAAGACAUACAUGACCCCACCUACCAGGAUGCAGAGGGCCCCCCGCCCAAGUUGGAGUACGUGUGGAGAAACAUCAUCCUCAUGGCCCUGCUGCACAUGGGAGCCCUGUAUGGGAUCACGCUGAUUCCCAGCUGCAAGCUCUACACCUGCCUCUUUGCGGUUUUAUGCUAUGUAAUCAGUGCCCUGGGCAUCACAGCUGGGGCUCAUCGUCUGUGGAGCCACCGAACUUACAAAGCGAGGCUGCCUCUGAGGAUUUUCCUCAUCAUUGCCAACACCAUGGCUUUCCAGAAUGAUGUAUAUGAAUGGGCCCGAGAUCACCGCGCCCACCACAAGUUCUCAGAAACCCACGCUGAUCCUCACAAUUCCCGUCGUGGCUUUUUCUUCUCUCACGUGGGUUGGCUGCUUGUGCGCAAACACCCAGCUGUCAAAGAGAAGGGCGGUAAACUGGACAUGUCUGACCUAGAAGCCGAGAAACUGGUGAUGUUCCAGAGGAAGUACUACAAGCCCGGUCUCCUGUUGAUGUGCUUCAUUCUGCCUACACUGGUGCCCUGGUAUUAUUGGGGUGAAACUUUCCUAAACAGCUUGUAUGUUAGCACUUUCCUGAGAUACACUGCGGUGCUCAACGCCACCUGGCUGGUGAACAGUGCCGCCCACCUCUACGGAUAUCGCCCAUACGACAAGAACAUUGAGUCUCGGGAGAAUAUCCUGGUUUCUCUAGGUGCUGUUGGCGAGGGCUUCCACAACUACCACCACACCUUCCCCUUUGACUACUCAGCCAGUGAGUACCGCUGGCACAUCAACUUCACCACGUUCUUCAUCGACUGCAUGGCCGCGCUCGGCCUGGCUUAUGACCGGAAGAAAGUAUCCAAGGCCGCUGUCUUAGCCAGGAUUAAAAGAACCGGGGAUGGAAGCCACAAGAGUGACUGAGUUUUGGGCUCCUGAGUUCCUGUUGUAAAAGUCAUCUGAGCAGAGGUUUGAUGUUCUGUUGAUUGAAUAAUGCUACCAGGAUGCUAAAGAUGAUGCUUUUAACCUAUUCCAGUACAGUAUUCUUUUAAAAUGAGAAAGAUUUGGUAACUUUGAGGUAAUACAUAUUUUAAUUAGCUAAGUUUAACCAUUCCACACUAUAUAUGCUUCCAAACAUACACCAUGAUAAAUGCAUACAAUUUUAUGCACCAACUUUACAUAAUAAUAAAUUUGGAUAUUCUAAACAAGGAGUAUUAAAAGCCAACAAAUUUGCUAUUGCGAUGCUAAGGUAUUAGGCCCUUUCUCUAUUUCCAUUGCACUUUACUUCGUUUCUAUCACUUCCUCUCUGUCUGGUUGCCUCCCAGGCAAACAGCUGGUCAGCCACGGGUCUGUGUCCAACUUCCAAAGCCUAUGCAACUUUUCUGAUGUCUGAUCUUUGCUACCAGAUACUUCUUUCCUGGAUCUAAACUUCAAGAUAGCUGACUCAAAGGUGAAAUGCAAUAAAACUUUCCUGGAAGUUCCCCCGUUAAUUAACUUAAGUAUGGGCUUGUCUAGAUGGAAUGGGAAAAUAAUCUUCAUUUGGUACAGCAAGUAGAUGAUCAGAAGAGAAGAGUUGGCAUAGAGGACAUGAUUCCUAAGUAAGAGUGGGAGAGAAAGGAAGAGAAGGAAUCUAGGGUGAUUAUAUCCAGUGGCCUACCUAGCAAAGACAUGCUUCCUUUCUCUCCUUACUCUGAGCCUUGGAGCUUGGUGGGAUUAGAUCACAACAGUAAAUCAAUGGUUGAAAAUAAAGGGGAGAUCCUAAGUGGUCUGUGUUAGGGGAGGACUUUAGUUUUUAGUAACAAGGAGAUUUCUUUCUUCAUAGAAAAAGUAUUCGGGUUAGGUGCAUCCAGUUUGCUGAAUGCAGUAGCUGGUAGUUCGGGAAUAGGAUGGACUGCUCAUCUGGCUUUCUUCAUCUUUCUGCUCUGCAUCCUCAGAAUGUUAGUCACCCACCUCAUAGUGAUAGGGUUACUAUGCCAUUUCCAAACAACCAAAAGAUGGCAGAUUUUAGCAGGUAGACUUGGGUCAAGCAUAAACAUACAAAACAAGGUGAAAAUUUUCUUUGCUUAGAACACGAAAAUAUUUCAUUUUGAAAAAGCUAUGCUAAAGAAAAAUGGAAGGCAGGAGGAAAGGGAUGACCUGUCUGUUCCUCCCAUUGCUGCACAGGAAAUGGAGAGGUUGAGGGAUGGCUUCAGCAGGUAGCCGCUGAGAGGUAAAACUAAACGAAGUACUCUGGGAGCACACUGCCAGACAUUCCAAAGGUUUUAGUUUGACAUUAGUUUCAUUCAUUUCACCACAUUCUUCCAUAUUGAGUAAAAGCUGGGCUUCUCGCUACCGUGUUGAACCUUCCCUGCGUUCCUUGCUCCAUGACUAUCCAGCCUGUGUGUAGUGCUGCCUGGGAGGCAGGGUGGGAAUCUCUCAUCCACCCUUGAUUCUUGAUUCUUGACUCUGUCUUAUUCUCUUUUCUCCCUACUGAUCUGUUCUCUGGCACUUUCUUUCCCUGGACAGAUAGCUGCCUAAGUGCAUUCAGAGUACUCAGGACUUGCUGUCCAGCAACUCCCGUCCUACAAAGGGCAUGGAACUGCUGUGUCUCUUUAGCAAGGGGAGCUGGGUACCACGUUUCUGAGGCUUCCAGAUCCUCUCUACCUCUACCCUAUGUGCCUCUGCCACAGUGAUAACUUCAGAAAAGCUUGGUAGGCCCUCUAGGAAUAUCCUUGGCUCAUAGAGGUUCUCUGGUUCAUGAUUUACAGCCCAACCAAAUACUCUUUGUCUCAGUGACCCACCCACUGAGUGAAAGGGUUUGUUAGUAGUUUUUUCUAUGUGAGUCAGAGCAGAUGGCAGGCUCUGCAAGGUGGCUCUGGCUGAUCAGUGCAGGCAGGUGAUGGUGAUAGCACAAUGCCUGUGAAAAGAAGAGGUUCCCUUAUCCUUCCUGCAAAAAAACAAGCAAGUUCCCAGUUCCUCACCUCAAAGAAAAGGUCUUGCUUACUGGAGCAAAGUGUGCCUCAAAGCUUCAACUGAAAUGUGGUCUCUAAGAGGCCAUGAACUAAUGAACAUCCUCUAUCGCACAUCCCAGAGCAGACAAUGGUAUAGGAAAGUUUAGAUGAAAAUAUAACAUCAAUGUUUUGAAAACCAUCAGCCUUUCCUGUCCCUGCAGCUAUAAGGAUUGACUGUGGACAAUGCCAGAUGCUCUGUUCACUUGUGGACUUGUGGAUCAGGACCUUUUUUUCUAUUUAAUUGAACACAUGCUUUGAGCUAUUCACUGAAGUAGAAAAGGCUUGUAUCCCUCUGAUCUACCCUCUGGAAAUGUCUGGGGUAGUUUUGCUUCUACAGGUCAUUAAUGUCUGAUUUAUAACAUGAACAAUAAAAUCAGCUUUCUCUCCUUUAUCUGCUAAUCAUGUGGAUCUGAUUCAUGCCCUGUCACAACGCAAGGCUAGCUAGAGACCCCAGACUGAGGUUCUGUGUAUAAGUGGAUGUUUAGGUUGGAGUGUGACAGCUCAGUGAGGAACAGCCAUUUUCAAGAUCCUAAAGCUCAAUUCAGGUGACAGAACUUCUCAAAGGUGAAUUUCUAACAGUCCUUGUACUGUAGGUGUGCUGACAACUUUGAGUGCCUUACCUCUUUUCUAAUAUGUAUUGCAUAUGAGUCUGUCUUCACUCCUUCUCUAGACUCCCUUAACCCCUAAAUCCUGCAGAUAUAGCAGGUAUAAACACAAACCUGGUUGGAGGAUUGUCAGUAUGGUAUUUUCAGAAGUCUCUCGUGGGCUUCAUUUUGGAAAGUUUCUUAAAGAUGUUUUCAUUAAAUGUUCAAAAUUUGAUGGAGAGUAGAAAUAAUUUGAGUGCAUUUUAUUGUCCUAUUAUCAUUAUUGUUAAACAUGAAAUAAUGAUGGUGGUAGGCAACAGAGAGUUUUUUUUCCUUGAUUUGAUAGUACCUGAGGGUAUUCUUGGUGUAGCUCAGAUGGGUUAGUGUCAAAGGUAAGCAAAGUGACCACCAUCACUGGUGGCUAAAGCCAAGGCCUCUCUUAUGUAUGACUUGCUGUGUGACCCCCUCCUUUGUAACAAACCCACCCCAGAGAUAAGGUCAUCGGUCUCUUCAAAAACUUCCUGAGCUAAACACCUAACAGUUUCUCUUCUCAAACUUUGUGAAUUAAGUCUCCAGCACAUGAACUUUGGAGGACACAAUGAAACUAUUGCUCUGAGCAAGUCACUUAACUCUAAUGUGCCUCACUUUUCCUUUGAUAAAAUGGGGUAAUAAUACUGACCUACCUCAAGGGGCAGUUUUGAGGUGUGACUAAAGCUUUUUAUGAAGCAUUUUGGGAUCCUCAGCAGAAGAACUCUCAUGUCUUGCAGACUUUCAUAGCAGUAUCCACCAUGACCUUAACAUGUCCAUAUGUGCUAGGCGCCAUUGUUAGUCUGCAUUGUUCUUUCCAGAGGCUGACUGUGCUCAUUGAAGUGUAUAUAAUUAAUUGGUGGGAGUGUGAGAGUGCCUACUCACUGCCAUGAAAACAUGCAGGAAAUUUUUUCCUUACCUGGGUGGGAUUUUCUCCUUUUUUAUGUGGGGUAGUUAUGUGUGACUCAAGGAUAAUUCUGAGUAAUUUCUAUUAAUAUCCACUCUUGAAGCUAGUUGUAUUGAUCUGAGAUUGUGUUUGUUACUAAUAAAAGUUAAAUGAAUCUGGG